AGAAGUGCACCGAAUAGAAGCCAAAUGGUGAAGAAAUAGAUGGACUGCUAAUACUGUCCUCAACCCAACAAUUAAGUCCUAUAAAUAAACUCACACACCGCUUCAUUUCAUCAAACACAGACACAAAUACGAAAAAUGGAGCGAGCAGUUGACAACACUCAUCAGCAGCAAGAUACAGUGCCAACUUCAUGGGGAGGAUCCAGCAACCGCAUCGCUGCUCUUUCUUUAGACGGAAAAGAGCAACCAACUACCCAGAAACCUGGAUGGAGAAAGUUCUUAUCAUUUGUGGGACCUGGUUUCUUGGUUUCACUAGCUUAUCUUGAUCCUGGCAACUUGGAAACUGAUUUACAAGCAGGAGCUGACCAUGGUUUUGAGUUGCUUUGGGUUAUACUUAUUGGCCUCAUCUUUGCUCUUAUAAUUCAAUCACUUGCUGCAAAUCUUGGUGUAAGCACGGGAAAGCAUCUGUCAGAAUUAUGUAAGGCAGAAUAUCCAAAAUUUGUAAAGUAUUGCUUAUGGUUGCUAGCUGAGGUUGCUGUCAUUGCUGCCGAUAUCCCCGAAGUGAUCGGGACGGCUUUUGCACUAAAUAUUUUAUUCAACAUCCCAGUGUGGGUUGGAGUUCUUUGUACUGGUGUUAGCACUCUUCUCCUUCUUGGAUUGCAGAAAUAUGGGGUAAGGAAACUAGAAAUGCUAAUAGCAAUACUGGUGUUUGUGAUGGCCGGAUGUUUCUUUGGCGAAAUGAGCCAUGUGAAGCCACCAGCAUCCGGUGUCAUCAAGGGCAUGUUCGUCCCCAAACUCUCCGGUCAUGGAGCCACCGGUGACGCCAUUGCCCUACUCGGUGCCCUUAUCAUGCCGCACAACCUGUUUCUGCACUCGGCUCUUGUGCUAUCUAGAAAAGUACCCAAUUCAGUUCGUGGCAUCAAUGACGCGUGUCGCUAUUUCCUGAUAGAAAGUGGAUUUGCAUUGUUUGUAGCAUUUUUAAUAAAUGUGGCAGUGAUAUCUGUAUCUGGCACUGUUUGCACAGCCCAAAACAUUUCAAAACAGACUGCUGAUCAAUGCAGUGAUAUCACCCUUAAUUCUGCUUCUUUCCUUCUUCAGAAUGUGUUGGGAAAAUCAAGCUCUACCCUUUAUGCUAUUGCGCUAUUAGCCUCAGGGCAAAGCUCCACCAUAACAGGCACUUAUGCAGGACAGUAUAUUAUGCAGGGUUUCUUGGAUCUUAAGAUGAGAAAAUGGGUUAGGAACUUAUUGACUAGGUGCAUUGCCAUCACGCCUAGUCUUAUCGUUUCGAUCAUCGGUGGAUCACAGGGAGCUGGCCGUCUCAUAAUCAUCGCAUCGAUGAUACUCUCAUUUGAACUUCCAUUUGCUCUUAUGCCACUUCUUAAGUUCAGUAGUAGCUCUACUAAGAUGGGGCCACACAAGAAUUCAAUUGUUAUAAUAGUGAUCUCAUGGAUAUUGGGUCUAGGAAUUAUUGGAAUAAACAUAUAUUACCUAAGCACAGCCUUUGUGGGUUGGCUAAUCGACAACAAUUUACCAAAAUUUGGGAAUGUUUUGAUUGGAAUUGUAGUUUUUCCUCUGAUGGCAAUGUAUAUAAUUGCAGUAAUUUAUCUUACAUUUAGAAAAGACAGUGCAGUAACUUUUAUUGAGCCAUUGAAGGAUGGUCCGACCCAAAUGGAAGGCGGGUUACCCAAAUCUAAUGAUCCAUUGGAAAUGGAUCGUCUGCCUUAUAGAGAGGAUUUAGCUCACAUUCCACUGCCUGAAUAGAAUAGUUUAAAUUAUUCUAUAAGAUGCUCUGUUUUUAUGUAUGAAGUGAAAUUUAGCAUAGUUUGAUUUUGCGCAUUUUGAAUUCUAGCUACAAGAAGGCUGAUGAAUAUAAUUUUGGACAUGUUUGCUUUCA